CAUCACCUUAUUGUACGGCACUUCGCUCUUAACCUUUGAGGAAGACAGUUGUUUUUAUGUUUGUGACUUUUAUGAUUUUGUGUUGCUGCCAUCUGCGAUUGUGUUGCUGUCAUUUGCUGUGUGGACUUUGAAAAUACAGUCUACUUUGUGACGCUGGCCGAGGACUCUUACAUAAAACCUCACUACACUGUUGUACACUACUUAUGUACUGUAAGCGCAAGUAUUCCGGGAUUCGAAUUGUGGUCAUUGUCAUGCUUUCAUCACAAGCCAUGAUCACCACGCCUUCCUAACUUCCCCAAGCCCAAGAUUUCUGGCCAUGAUGAGGAACCCGAUGAGCAAGCACCGUUCGAUUAUUAUACCAAGUGUCUAGAGGGAGGGAGGUUUGAAGCUAUUGGAUUUAAAGAAGGCGGCCCCGCGUAUCCUGUUCCUUCUCAUCAGCGGACUGUUGAGUUCUUUUCGAAAUUCUGUCAAGGGGGUGGAAGUUCAGUAAGAUAUUGAGAGACAUUUAGUGUGAGCAACUUAGUGCAAUUAUCUCCCAUUGCAUGUGAGAAAAUGAAAAAUAUAUGUUAUGAGGAAAUGUUCGAUUCCGAGGAAGACCACGUCUCGUCAUCUUAAUGGAUACCCAGAAUGCGACACAUAAGACCUUCCACUACCCAGAAGAUUACAUCCCCGACGAAUGAAGAAGAUUCAGGCGUCGAAAGUGACUGUUUAUGUGAACAGGAUUACACAUCGUCACUCUCAUCUUCUGGAUCUUCUUAAUUGGUCUUGGUUCCUGAGUUGCGUUCCGGGUAUCCCUUGUGAUGACUAUGAGAAAAGAUCACAUGCCAAUUUUGGGAGCAAGAAAUGACGGCGCAUGAUUUAUUGGAUUGAGUGCCAUAUUUUACAAACUGAUCUACAUCAAUGGAUUCCACACGACAAGACUGACAAACCCUUGGAUGACGUGAUGAUGGGUAGUGUCUAGUUCUUUUAAGAGAAAAUACAGCUGACUCUGGAAGAAGGAAACAGUCUGUAUACCACUAGCACCUUCACAUAGCAAUAUAAGAGACGCAAAUCUGCUGCUAGUGUUGGCUUCAAGUGAACAUCAGCCCUUCAACAAGCAGGAUUUGGUUUUUAAAAGAAGUAGGUAUGACACUCUACUCCUGAGUGAUCGUCUUUUACAAUUUGUGCAACUUGGAUUCCUCUUUCUUUUUGUCUUUUCUUUGAUUCACCCUGUUUUAUAUUGUAUCGAAUAUUAUCUGGUGACGCAUUUUUCAUUAUUACCGGAUUUCUAUAGAUUAUUUGCGACAAGCGUUGGAAAUAAUGCAACUCUCUACUUCAGGGGUGAAUAAUCUGGGUUUCAUGCCAGUUUGGCCGCAGCCGCUGCCACCACCAUCGCCGCCGCAGUUCGCCGCCGAGGAAUUGCAGAUACAAGUCAAUAUAAAUGCAUGCCUUGAUUCAUGUUGAUUUUUUUUGGCAGUGUAGACAUCAAUCUUUGCCUUCCCCGUCGUUCAGGUCCUGGCAGAAGCAAUGAAAGCUUGAGGAAGUACGCAAGUGGGAUUCAAUGAUGUUCUUGGGAGACGAUGUUAUGAGUGUCGAAUCGUGUUUUAUCCCGUCAUGAAUCGAACGUACAAAGCGAAGCAAGUUUACCUCUGCGGUAAAAUUAAUUUGUGUCGAGAGAAAAACGUUAUUUUUAUGUUGAACAAACGCAGAGUUUGGGUUCUUGUGGCUUUGCCAGACUGCAUAGACAUGGCGUCGCAACGAUACGGGGAAGAAAAUGUCGUGUUUUGGCUUAAUAGCGAUUCCUCUGAUUUUUUUCCUUUUUUCCUAACAUUUUCCGCUACUUUCAGAAGGAUGUUCAGGUUUGACUUCGAUGUGAGUGAAUCUGCGGAUAAGCCAGUGGACCCGUUGACUCCCCUCACGUCUACAACGCAACCUAGCGUCGAGUGUCGAUUGCUUGACUUUUCGAAACGAAAUCGCGACGACAUUGACAAAGGCCAGUUUGUGUGCGAAUGUCUGGGAAAUGCCGAGUAUUUUUACAUACCGAGUAGAUCUCUUAGUCAUGUUUCUGCAAGGUACCCCGAGCUUGAGCAUUCAGAUUUGUUGCCGGGCAACUACGAAGGUGGCUUCAAAGUGUGGGAGUGCACCUGGGAUCUGAUCAAGUACCUAACGGACAUCAAUUUCGACUUCUCCGGGAAGAAGGUUAUUGAUGUCGGCUGUGGACAGGGUUUGUGUGGAAUCCAUGCCCUAGAAACUGCUGAUCUUGUCCUUUUUCAAGACUUCAACGAAUCCGUGUUGGAGUUCGCGACGUAUCCAACUGUUGCUGUGAACCGUUGCGGAUCCGCAUUAACUAAAGCCAUGUUCGUUUCAGGGUCCUGGUUACGAUUCCUGUGCUUUCUUGAUGAAAGAAAUCUCUUACGGACUUUCGAUGUCUUGCUAACUAGUGAAACUGUGUACGAGAAGUCCUCUGUGAAAGAUUUAGCUUCAGUUGUGAGCAAAAGUGUUAGAGCAGGUGGAGUCGCAUUUGUAGCAGCCAAAGCGUAUUAUUUCGGGGUUGGUGGGUCACCUAAAGAUUUGCGACGAGCUCUCGAAGACCUGAAAGUAAGUUUCGCGUGGGAAGAAGUGUUUCACACUACGGAUGGUGUGCAAAGAGUUGUGAUUAAAAUUCAGAUGUCGUUGUCGCUGGAAGUGGUGCGUGAUAUCGAACGGGAGUUCUCGAAUAGACUCGCUUCAGCGUGUUGCGAAAAGUCUUUGUCGGAAGAAAAUGACUUUCUCACGCUCUUCACAAAUGUGCUCCUUCGGAUAGUGUUCUCAGUGUUCGUGGAAACCCGGGGAUGUGCUUUGAAGAACACGAUCGAAAACACGGUUCACGUGAACCAGACUGAGUCUGACGAAUCAGACACUGAAGUUCUCUGCUCUGUUCCUGUUAUCACGAAGAAACCUUCCUUGGCGAGGAAGCACAGGGCCAGUGGGAAUCCGCAUUUGAGAACACCGGUGAAGAAUUCGUCAGCGGCCUUGAACAGUCAGAAUGAAGCAGUUCGCCGAUCACCGAGGUUGAUGACCUCUCCUGUAGUUUCUUCACGGGUUUGCAAAGAUCAACUGGACCCAGUGCGACGAAUCUUUCCUGUAAAUAUCAGUGGAGACGAUGAAUCUGAUGCCUCACCUGGUGUGUUUCAAAGCAGGAACAAGAAACUGAGGAUCGACAAGGAAACAGGGACACGGAGGCCUGGAAAAACUGCGCACGGGUGUCGGGAAUGCGAAGAAUAUUUAGCGAACGAGAGUUUAACUCCAAAUUCUUUUGCAAAGCGCCUAAAAAAGCUGUGCAAACACAAGGCAACUGAUUUCAACGUGGCAAAACGGAUCAACCAUGACAUGAGCUUCUGAGUGAAUCCAUGUCAGUUUUUUAUCUUUUUUUUGGCGAUUACUGAUCAGAACUAAUUUGUUCUCGCGGGUUUUCGGCGAUUUGUUUCGCCAAUUGUGUGAUAAGAGGAGGGUUGAAACUUAAGUUUGGGCCGAAUACUGCGUGGAAGUCUAUGGCGGAAUUUUGCUGCGGUUGAAGAAAUUCAGGAUUGAGAUUUCAGUGAAA